CAUACGUCAGACGAUACAUACACAGGAAAAGAAAAUCGAAACGGAAAGCCAGGAAAAUAUGGUUCUCUCGUCUGUAGAAAAAUUGUUGAGCUAUCAAUUGUAAAUAUUACCUGUUUCCUAUUUCGCACCGAUUGAAAGUGGAUGUGCAGCGAAAGCGUGUGUUGUGUCGAAAACCGAGCGUGGAACGUACAGUGAAUACCUGAUUUUGCCUGGGUGUGAAUCGAAUUCGUGUGAGAGAGCGUGCGAUCUGAGACCUGAGAUCUGGGAUCUGGGAUCAGAAAUCUAUAUCUACUUGCCAUACGCAGAGUCAGAAAUUACAGCAAGCAUCUAAUCCCUAUCAAUAGUCAGCCUCCUAGGAGAUGGAUUUCGUUCAAGUGUCGGAGGAGGAGGGUGACGAGCCCAUCGAGCUGCCGGCUGAGGAGGAUGGCACUCUGCUGCUGUCCACCCUGCAGGCACAGUUUCCUGGAUCCUGCGGUCUGAAGUAUCGCAACAUGGACACGAAAGCGGUGCGCGGAGUUCGCUCCAACGAGGGCCGACUGUUUCCGCCCAGCGUGGAAUCCGGCUGGGGCGAGUACCUGUACUUCUGUGUCUUUCCCAAGGAGAACAAGCGCAAGAGCGACGAUAACUUGGAGAACUCAACGGCCAAGACCAAACGCAUCGAGACCCGUCUCCGCUGCACUGAUCUCAUCGUGCUCGGCUUGCCCUGGAAGACCACCGAGGAGAGCUUGCGUGAGUACUUCGAGACCUACGGCGAGGUGCUGAUGGCCCAGAUCAAGAAGGACACCAAAUCGGGUCAGUCCAAGGGCUUUGGAUUCGUGCGCUUUGGCUCUUACGAUGCCCAGAUGCGCGUGCUCUCCAAUCGCCACCUCAUCGACGGUCGCUGGUGCGAGGUUAAGGUGCCCAACUCAAAGGUGAGUCCUCCCGUAUGUCUGCAAAUUGCACGUCUACUAAUCCCUAUGUUCUUCCAGGGCAUGGGCCACCAGGUGCCUUGCAAGGUGUUCGUGGGUCGCUGUACCGAGGACAUAAACUCAGACGACUUGCGCGAGUAUUUUUCCAAGUUUGGCGAAGUCACCGACGUGUUCAUUCCCCGACCCUUCAGAGCUUUCAGCUUUGUCACCUUCCUCGAUCCCGACGUGGCACAGUCCCUGUGCGGAGAGGAUCACAUAAUCAAGGGCGUUUCGGUCCAUGUGUCGAACGCUGCCCCAAAGGCCGAGCAGAACAGAAACCAGCAGGCCCAGAGCUACAACUACAACUCGGCCAACAGCUUUGGAAUGCACUCAUACCACCCACAGGGUAACCACAUGAAUCCCGGCCGCAACGGACACCACAGAGGUAAUAACCAACACAGUGCUCACGGCGGUGAGAACUCAAUCAUCGCCAGUAAUCACAACAACAUUGGCACCGCCGGCUACGGCAUGGGUGGCAACAAUUACGGCGGCAACUCGGGCGGGGGCUACCACAACAAUGGCAGCAAUCACUCCAGUGGCGGGAACACGAAUCGCCAGGACGGCGGCAGCCAGUACAGCAGUAGGCAGGCCAAUUUUCACGGAAUGAACCAGCCCCACAACGGCAACGUGGGCGGCAGCAACGGCUGGAUGAACCGUGGCCACCUGGACAUGCCCAACCUGCAGGCGCUGGGCAUCAAUUCGCAGGGAUCAAGCUCCUCCAACCAGGGCCAGAACAUGAGCAACCAGUCAAUGCUCAAUCUCAACUCACUGCCCAUCAAUCCCGCCCUGGUCGCUGCCGCCUUGAACCAGUGGAGCCUGGUCGGCAACCAGCUGCAGAACCAAAACCAGGACCAGCAGGGCGGCAAUUUUUUAUCGUGGAUGGCUCAGAACGGGGGCCACAACAACGCCAACAACUUUGGUGGACGGAAGGGGCCGAAUAACCCGAACAAUCCGGGCGCCAACGGAAUGAAGCCUGACAACUCGGGCUGCAAUGACCCACAGAACGGGAACAGCGGUUGGUCGAACCAGAGCAGCGGAUCUCAAAACUCCGUGGAGAAGUCAAACUUUCUGUAAGGCGGUGCCUGCUGGACGAGUUGGUACCCAUUAAUGUGGUUAACGAUAACCAAAACCUCUGUAGCUUACUUAAAGAUAUAUGUAUUCCACAUAUAAACAAGUUAAGAAUUGUAUUUAAUAUGUAAUAGAUAUUUUGAUAAUUGUAAGCAAGAUGACACUGGAUGGCUAAUAACACAAUUUAUAGAACACACUUCGAAAUAAAUUCUGCGCCAAAGCUCAGUAUAAAGCUC